AUUGCUUUGAACAUGUCUGUGACCUUUGCUCAACGUGGUAGGCCACCUCCAAAUCCUGCUCAAAUACAGAAGAUGCUCGACGAGAAUAGCCAACUUAUACAAAUGAUUCAAGAGUAUCAAAAUAAAGGCAAAGUACAGGAAUGUGUACAAUAUCAGCAAAUGCUACAUCGCAACUUGGUAUAUUUAGCAUCUAUCGCAGAUGUGAAUCAGAAUCUUCAAACUUUAUUACCUCUACCUCAAGGUUCUAUCCCCAAUGGUCCUCAGCAUGCUAUGAUGAAUCCGCAAGGGCUUCCAAGCGGUCCAGGUGCUUCGGCUGGUCCUGGGGGAGAGAUGACUCCGAAUACUCAGCCAACUAUGCCAAUGUCGAGUUUUAAUCAAGGCCAACCAAUAGCGCAAGGUUAUCGUGGGCCUGUGAUGCCUGGUCAAGGACCUACCAUAAAUAGACCUCCAACUGCACCAGGUCCGCAACAAUAUAGAGGACCGCAAGGUUAUCCCCAACAACCUUCUCAGCAAGGUUAUCCUGCUCAAUACGCCAAUCAGAAUCCUGGCUCUAAUUAUCAAGGACCUCAAGGAUCCGCGUACACUCCUGGUCAACCGAAUCAAUACGGACCGCCAAAUGCUUCUCAGCAACAAGGAUAUAGCGCGGCGACGCAGCCAAAUUACGGUCCUCCGACUACAGUGAACAGCUAUGGUCCGCAACCAGGUGGUUAUCCACCGCCGGGCACGACUCAGCCACCUUCCGGAUAUGGACCACCACCGCCAAAUCAGCAAGGCUAUCCGCCGUCUAAUGCUUCGCAGCAAAAUUUCUCAUCAGGUAGUCAACAACAACAACAACCAGGACAAUAUGGUAGCCCUAGUCCGCAACCAAAUUAUCAACAGCCUCCGUCCCAAGCGCCACCUCAAAAUGCAUACGCCGCUGGACAACCUGGAAAUUAUCCCCCUCCAUCCUCACAGGCAUACGCGAAUAAUGUUCCGCCGCAAAAUUACCCACCACCUCCGACAACUAGCGCGACUCAACCUCCUCAACCUGGAUCUCAGCAAAAUGCGGGUCCGCAGCCCAACUACGUUAGCCAACCGAGCCCAGGUCCUGGUGCAACGCAGUACGGUCCCGUUUCUACAUCUCCGCCAUUUAGUACUUCCUCCGCGAGCGGCGGCAAUACUUACGCUCAGAGCAGUCAGCCGACAAGCACGCCGUCUGCCUCGACGCAGACAUAUCCGCCGAGUAGCGGUCCGCCGCCAACAUCGCAGGGUGGAAGCUAUGCACCCCCGGUUCCGCCGGCCCCUUCUGGAUAUUCCGUUCAUCAAACACCUCAUCCGACGUCGCAUCCCCCGCAUCCGCCGCCACCGCAUCAAUCACCUCAUCAGCCACCGCACACUCCGCAUCAACCACCUCAUCAGCCAUCGCAUCAAUCCUCGCAUCAACCGCCCUCUCAUCAAUCGCCGCAUCAGCCAUCGCAACAAUCUCAGCAACAGUCACAAACAGCUUCACAGACGCAACAGCAGCCGUCUCAAAGUCCAGCCCCGAGUGGAUUUCAACCACCAUCCGGCCCGCCGCAAGGUCCCGCCCCACCACCCGGUCCUCAGCAACAACCCGCUUAUGGACCCACUACUACGCAAACGUACGUUCCACCGACACCAGGAGGGCAACCGCAGAUUUAUAGCCCGCAUCCACCGCAAGGAGGACAACCGCACUAUGGACAUCCACAAUAUCCUCCUCAAAGUUACCCUCCGCCGCCAACAGGUCAAGGAUAUCCACAGUAUCCUCCACGACCACCCGGUGGACACAUGCCUCCUCCACCAGGACCACAAGGGCCACCACCACCUAACCAGUAUGGAGGUUAUGGUUAUCAACCACCCACACAAUAAAAUAUAUUAAUUUCUAAAUUCGCAAAAAAUCUUCAGUUAAUGUACAUAUUGAGAAUAUUUACGUUAUCAUUUGCAUUUUAUUGCGUAUGCCAAUAUACUUUAUUAAUGUAAAUUCGUAAUAUUAUUAUAGAUAUUGUGGAUAUCCAUAUUAACGUGAAUACAAAGAGUUCCACCAGUGAUGAGAUUAGAAGAAAUUGUAUGGAGAACUUUAUAUAAUUCAAUCUCUAACGUAUACACAUCUCUAACAUUAUGAUAAAAUAAAUACUUGGAAC